AAUGGACACAUCCAUCCUCUUUGUUUUCCUUUCGUUAUCACUGUUCUUCAGUGAUUCUAAUUUAUGCUUUCAGGUUCAUGCUUUCCAAUCCAAUGGUACGGCCAGGUUUAAGCUGAUCCACAGGCACUCACCGGAGUUAGGGAAUUUCCCCGGAACGACGCUCGGACCACCGAGCAACAGAAGGGAACGUUUAAGGCAGUUGAUCCGGAGUGACAAUGCUCGAUUGCAGACGAUUGCGCGGAGGCUGUUCCCGAGAAGGAAGAAUGUGCAGGUGGAGAUGUGGCAGAACAACAAUUUGGUGGAGCUCCCGAUUCGAUCGGCUGCUGAUAUAGGGACCGGACAGUACUUCGUUUCAUUCCGGAUCGGAAGCCCGCCGAGGAAGUUCAUUAUGAUAAUCGAUACGGGGAGCAGUCUUACAUGGAUGAAAUGCAAGUACAAGUGCAAAGGGUGUUUCAAAGAUAGGGUUAGCCAUAAUGAAAGGAUACUUAAUGCCAAAACGUCACGUACGUUUCGUCCGAUUCCAUGCUCCUCCCAUAUUUGCAAGCAGGACCUUGCUCGAUCUUUCUCUUUGCAACAUUGUCCUCGCCCCUCGGCUCCUUGUUCCUAUGAUUACAGGUACUCGGACGGCACAAAAGUGCUCGGAUUCUUCGGCAACGAUACGGCGAUCGUACGCCUGACAGACGGCCGGAAAGUUAAAGUGCCGGAAGUAAUGAUCGGGUGUAGCGAGACCAUAAUGGGAGAGUUCCACGACAUUGAUGGAGUAAUGGGAUUAGGCUUCGAAUGGCAUUCAUUUGCACUGAAAGCAGCUCGGAAAUUCGGGUACAAGUUUUCGUAUUGCUUGGUCGAUCAUCUUAGCCCAAGCAACCUCGUCAACUUCCUCGUGUUCGGCGACGUAAAUGAUCCCAUGACGCCGAAAUUGCAAUACACGGAGUUGAUCCUGGGAAUAGUGAAUCCAUAUUACGCCGUAAACGUUUCUGGAAUCUCCAUUGACGGCAAAAUGCUGAAGAUCCCAUCGCAUGUAUGGGAUAUCAGGAGCGGCGGCGGGGUUAUUGUCGACUCCGGUUGCAGUUUAACUCAACUCGUGAGACCCGUGUUCGAUCGAGUCGUCGCUGCUUUCAAGGCUCCGUUGAGCAAAUUCAAGAAACUGUCGAUCGACUCGGAGGGACCGGAUAUUUGUUUCGAUGAUACGGGGUACAAGGAGUCGUUGAUGCCGAAGCUGGUUAUCCAUUUCGCUGACGGAGCUAAGUUAACGCCGCCGGUGAAGAGUUACGUGCUUGAUGCUGCGGAGGGGGAGAAGUGCCUUGGGUUCACGGCGACACCGUGGCCGGGAUCGACGGUCAUCGGAAAUAUUUUGCAGCAAAAUCAUAUGUGGGAAUUCGAUCUUUUAAAUAGCAAGUUGGGAUUUGCUCCUUCUAGCUGUACGUACGAAUGAUAGGGGAAAAAAGGGGGAAAACUAGAAGCCA